AUGGUGAGUGAGAUUGUCACUGGGAGUCGCGCUCGAUCGUUCGGCCGCAGAUUUUACCAUGCGAUAAACUGCCAAUCCUUUCAUCGCCGCGACCAUCGGGGUCUCUUCCUCUCACCACGUCAACAUGGGUACUGCUACCGCUUAUUGAGCACGGGAACUGUUAGUCGACUAGCUGGCCCUUCUCCGAAUGGAGCUGCGAGAUCGUCAAACUUCGCCAAUAGCCCUUCCAAACAGAAACCGCAAACCCUCACGGAAAAAAUCAUACAACAGCACGUUAUCAGCAGUCCGGGAAAGUCCAAUGCUCCCCGUCCUGGCGAUUAUGUUACUCUGUCACCAUUCCACUGCAUGACACACGACAACACCGCAGCGGUCCGAAUCAAAUGGGCAGAGCUGGGUGCAGACAAGGUUCAUUCGCCCUCACAGCUCAUUUUUGGGCUUGAUCAUGACGUAAGCAACACCAGCCCCAAAAAUUUGAAGAAGUAUGCAGAGAUCGAGGCAUUCGCCGCCGAUCAGGGAAUUACUUUCUAUCCCAAAUAUCGAGGAAUCGUCCACCAGAUCAUGGUUGAGGAAGGGCACGCAUGGCCUGGCACAAUGGUAGUCGCAUCCGACAGCCAUAGCAACAUGUACGGAGGGGUAGGCUGCCUCGGCACUCCGAUCGUGAGAACCGAUGCCAUGGCCAUCUGGCAAACUGGAGUGACAUGGUAUCAGCUACCCCCAGUUGCCCGCCUCAAUUUGAUAGGAGAAGCCCCAGCUGGUGUUACUGGCAAGGAUAUUAUUAUGGCCUUGUGCACACUCUUUAAGAGCGACGUGCUCAAUCACGCAGUCGAGGUUAAUGGGAGUCCUAAGACUAUGGCAAGCCUCUCAAUCGACAACCGUCUUACCAUUAGUAACAUGUCGACGGAAUGGGGCGCGUUAUCAUGUCUCUUUCCUAUUGAUAAGACCUUGGAGGAUUGGCUUCGUCAAAAGGCAGAUGCAGCAAAGACAUACAAGAACGGACGAACCACAGCGAUGCGAAUCAACCACGAGCGACUAGAUCAACUAUUCGCCAAUCCUCCCCGAGCUGACCCCGAUGCUGUCUAUGCCAAGCAACUCUACCUCGACCUCUCGACCCUUUCACCAUACGUGGCUGGACCAGACUCGGUCAAGAUUGCAACACCGCUCCACGAUCUCUCCCAGAAGAACAUCAAGAUUGACCGUGCAUAUCUCGUCUCAUGUACUAACUCCCGAGCGAGCGAUAUAGCCCGGGCCGCUCAGGUCUUCCAGGAUGCCGCUAAAGCGAACCCGCAAACAAAGCUUAAGCUUGCUGAUGGCGUCAAGAUGUAUAUAUCAGCGGCGUCGGCCCCUGAACAGGAAGCGGCUGAAACUGCAGGUCAUUGGCAGACUCUAGUAGACGCUGGUGCGGAGCCCAUGCCGCCUGGCUGUGCGCAGUGUAUUGGCCUGGGCCCCGGCUUGCUCGAAGCAGGCGAGGUUGGAAUCAGCGCAAGUAACAGACCUUUCAAGGGUCGCAUGGGAUCUCGAGAGGCCUCAGCGUACCUGGCAAGUCCCGAGGUUGUAGCCGCCAGCGCCCUUCAUGGGACCAUACAAGGUCCGGGUGCUUACCAAAAGCCAGCGGGAUGGUCCGGCAUCGAACACGGGUACGGGACUGGCGCAGCGGCGUCCACGGAGGACCAGAUUUCCAACAUCGUCCAGCAGCUAGACUCGCUGGUUGAGCGGAUUGAGUCAGCAGAAGAGGAGUCUGCUAAGACGGAUAUCCUACCCGGAUUCCCUGAAAAGAUCAGUGGCCAGAUCACAUGGCUCGAUUCUGACAACCUCAGCACCGAUGGCAUCUACCCUGGAUCUUUAACUUAUCGGGAUGACGUUACUAAGGACGAGAUGGCGCGUGCCUGCAUGCAGAACUACGACCCCGGAUUCGACGCCCUCGCGCACGAGGGCGACAUUAUCGUAUCGGGCUACAACUUCGGCACAGGCUCGUCUCGGGAACAGGCCGCGACCGCGAUUCUCGCCAAGAAGAUCCCUAUGGUCGUAGCGGGAAGCUUUAGCAAUACCUUUGCACGGAACAGCAUUAACAACGCGCUCAUGACCCUCGAACUGCCCCGAUUGGUAGAUAAGCUGCGCCAGCGAUUCCCCCCCCUCAAAGAAGGCGAGCGAUCUGUGCUCACGCGCCGCACCGGAUGGACGUUGACGUGGGAUUUCCAGCGAAGUUUAAUUGAGGUGCAGGAGGGUGCUGGGGGUGAGACGUGGACGGAGAAGGUUGGCGAGCUGCCGCCGACAGUGCAGGCUAUUAUUGCAUCGGGAGGACUCGAAGCGCAUGUCAAAGCACAGCUAAGUACUGUGCCUCGCCUUCUCAACCCGCGAGAACGGUACGAUGAAAUAGGCCAGCCGGUCGAUCCGGAUAAGUCAGGGAGCUGGGCGGAUGAGGCGGCUUAUGUAGCAAUGGUACGGGAGGCUGAGCGCAACGCUCAUAUAGAUCAUGGGCUUUCCGAUGCGCUGGUUGACAGGGACGCUCAAGACUUGGCUGCUGUUGUUCAUCUGUUCGGACAGGGCAAGAUAGGCUUUUACGGCCGACUUUUGGAGUACUUUGAAAACAAGGAGGCAAAUGAUACACCUGACCUAUUUGAAACGGCCUAA